CCGGAAGAAGGAAUCGGCUCGGCGGUUGUUGACAACAUGGCGGCGGUCGCUGCCGCCUCCUCGGUGUGGGGCGCGGGAGGUGGCGGCGGGACCGGCAGGAGGAAGGCGCCGCACGACCCCUGAGGAAGACACGGGCCUGGCCCGCCUUGGCCCGCGCCGCCAUGUCUUUCUUCAAGCGGAGAGUGAAAAGCAAGGAGCACGAAAAGGCAACAGAAGCAAAGGCAAUUAAAGCACCUGCGAUACCUGUACAUUCCCCACAGAGAAGCACCAGGAACAGUGCGUUGCUGGAGGCUGCCGGACCAAGCCAUGUGGCCAUCAAUGCCAUCUCGGCCAACAUGGACUCCUCCAGCAGCCGCACGGCAGCUCUUAAGAAGCAGCCCAGCCACAUGGAGGCUGCUCACUUUGGAGACCUUGGCCGAUCCUGCCUGGACUAUCGGGCUCAAGAGACCAAAUCCAGCCUUUCAAAGACAUUAGAACAAGUCCUUCGGGACAGCAUUGCCCUUCCAUAUUUUAUCCAGUUUAUGGAACUGCGUCGAAUGGAGCACCUGGUCAGAUUCUGGCUGGAGGCUGAGAGUUUUCACUCCACCACAUGGUCACGCAUAAGAGCACACAGCCUGAACACUGUCAAACACAGCUCAUUGGCCGAGCCGGUUUCCCCUUCUGUCAAACAGCAUGAAAACUCUGCGUCUUCUCCCUCCGAGCUGCUCGACGAACGGCUGGAGGAUUGGGGCCCAGCUGGGCCUUUCUCUAUCACGCCGUCAGCUGCUGAACUGAAUGGCCGAACUUUCAGCCUUCAGAACCGUUUGCUGCUUUGUCCGGAAGGCGGCAAACAGCGGCUCCGGCUUGGAGUGUCUGAGGCAGAGUACUGUUCCAUUCCAGAUGAACCUCAAGACUCUUCCAAAGCCUCCAUGUCCACCAGAAACAGCCCCUCCUUUGUGCUCAAGGACUUGUCAGGAAAACUCAUGAAAGGUAUAGAACAGGAUGCAGUUACUAUUUUUACCAAAUAUAUUUCUCCAGAUGCUGCUAAACCAAUACCAAUUACAGAGUUGAUGAGGAACGACAUAGUGGCAAAGAUUUGUGGGGAAGACGGACAGGUGGACCCCAAUUGCUUCGUCGUGGCACAAUUGAUAGUGUUUAAUGCUAUGGAACAAGAGCACUUUAGUGAAUUUCUGCGCAGUCACCAUUUUUGUAAAUACCAGAUCGAGGUGCUGACCAGUGGGACUGUUUAUCUGGCUGAUAUUCUCUUCUGUGAAUCUGCACUCUUCUACUUCUCUGAGUACAUGGAGAAAGAAGAUGCAGUUAAUAUCUUGCAGUUCUGGUUGGCAGCAGAUAACUUCCAGUCUCAGCUGGCUGCCAAGAAGGGCCAGUACGAUGGGCAGGAGGCUCAGAAUGACGCUAUGAUUUUAUACGAUAAGUACUUCUCCCUCCAAGCCACCCACCCUCUUGGUUUCGAUGACUCCGUACGACUGGAAAUAGAAUCCAAUAUCUGCAGGGAAGGUGGGCCUCUCCCAAACUGUUUCACCACUCCGUUACGACAAGCCUGGACCACGAUGGAGAAGGUGUUCCUGCCCGGCUUCCUGUCCAGCAACCUUUAUUACAAAUACUUGAAUGACCUCAUCCACUCGGUGCGAGGAGACGAGUUUGCCAGCGGAGGUGGUGCGCCGACUGGUCACUGCCCCAGCAGCACUCCCGACCACGACUCUCACUCCGGCGCCACAGACAGCGCUUCCUCUUCCCAGCCCAGUCUCAAAAUGGCUAACAUAAAAAUCCUGAAAAACUUUGAUGAAGCAAUAAUUGUGGAUGCAGCCAGCCUGGAUCCAGAGUCCUUGUAUCAACGGACGUAUGCCGGGAAGAUGUCGUUCGGGCGAGUCAGCGACCUGGGCCAGUUCAUCAGAGAGUCCGAACCGGAGCCCGACAUCAAGAAGUCCAAAGGGUCCAUGUUUUCACAAGCGAUGAAGAAAUGGGUGCAAGGAAACACGGAUGAGGCCCAAGAAGAGAUGGCCUGGAGAAUAGCCAAGAUGAUAGUCAACGAUGUCAUGCAGCAAGCCCAGCCCAGCCCAGCUGUGGAACAAGUUACCAAGCUAUGAUCGUCGAAAUUCCGAAGCAAGAGGGAAAUUUCUGCCUCUGGAGAGGCGGACUUGUGUUUCUCACCCGCCUCCUCCUCC